UGUACAAUCCAACGGUUGAUUCGCACGAAGGAAGGUGAGUUCUUCUUUCGUAAGAAAAAGAAACAACCAUGAGCUUCCCCAACAAAGCCUCCCAGAGAGGCUCUGAGGGGUCACCAUGCUAAUAAAUCCAAAGCUGAGGCCUAUCGGAAGAAAGGAAGAAAAAAAGUCGUAGUCUCUCCACUACAAGAAGAUGGUUCGCUGUGUUUCCAAACUGACGGACGAUCUCGUGGCCGAUAUCCUUUCUCGCUUGCCGACCAAGUCCUUUUUCCGGUUCCAAUGCAUGUCCAAGUCCUGGCUCGCCCUUUCCUCUGAUCCCUACUAUCAGAACAAGUUCCCUCGUGCUGCAUCUGGCCUCUUCUUAAAUGUCCCCAGUGGAGGCUCGGCGCCCAUUCACAGGUCGAGAAGAGGUAUCCAAUAUAUUAGCCUCUCAAAUGAUGAUGACGAUCUUGCCAUCGACACAGCCCUCAGUUUCUUGCCCAACAUAUGGAAUAUGGAAGUCCUCAGCUCCUGCAACGGGCUGCUCCUCUGCCGCUCGUGGGUUGCACACAGCUGGGGUCUAACAUCUUACGGCGUUAAGGCUCAAUCCAUCUAUGUCUGCAAUCCCGCCACUAGCGAGUGGGUCAUGGUCCCUAAAGCAAAUGAUACAUAUUACGACCAAUACCUAGCUUUGGGCUUCGAUCCUCGUAUCUCCCGCCACUACCAUGUCCUCUGCUUCGAUUUCCAUGAAAGGUUUGUGAUCUUCUCGAGUAAGACAAACGAGUGCGUCGUGAGCGAAGUCUCCGACGCCAAGAAGUAUCACAAACCAGAAGCUACUUUCUGGCAUGGAAUCUUUCAUGUUACAAAUGGUCUGAACCAAGUCUUAGGAGUUGAUCCGGAGGGAAUGUUUUGCUGCAAAAUCGAGCUGCCUGAAUCUGAUGGGAUGCAAUAUCUUGGUCACUCAGGGGGUUAUUUGUGUUAUAUGCUGCAAUGCAAGGAUGAGAUAAAGGUUUGGAUGCUUACGGACUACUGUCAUGGGGAAUGGCUGUUGAAGCAUUGGAUUAAUAUCAGAGAUAUGUUACAGAACUAUGGGAUCCCUGAAACACAAAAUAUUCGUAUCUUGGAAUUUCAUCCGGAUGUGGAUGUUGUUUUUCUUCGAAUACAACAGAAGAUCUUCUCAUAUCAAUUAAACUGUGGUAGAUUGGAAGAAGUUGGAGACUUGUACCAUAUAUACGGUCGAAGGUGUUUUGUUUAUUCACCCCGCUUAUUGAAGGGGUUUGGCGAUGAGGAUGCCUAAUGGGAUGGACGAGGAACAAACUCUAUGCAUUAAUAUUCUUUUCAACAUAUCAUAAUGUGUUAGAGGUUUGUAAAAUUUACCAUCGAUUCUGUUGUGUUUUGACCUUCUUGAAUGCUGCCUUCAUGGUUUAAUUGUGAAGAUAUUUAUCGAUUGUGGAAUAUAUGUUACUGUAUGUGGAACUGGCUCAUCUA